CUUAACGCAAGGUCUACUGUUUCAAUGUCAUUUGUCUAUUGGAAAUAUUUUAAUGUAGUUUUAUUUCGGUAGCCAGCGGUAACGUGAAUCUUAUAAUAAAAUAGUUACAAAAAAAAUAUUUAAUUACUGGUUAGAUUAACACAAUCGUCAAAUGGCUCCCAUUCCAUCACUCAAAGUACCGAUAAUAUGGGUUUUAGGUGGACCUGGUUCAGGGAAAGGAACUCAGUGUGACAAAAUAGUUGAAAAAUAUGGUUUCACGCAUUUAUCUAGCGGAGAUCUCCUCAGAGCCGAAGUUGAAAGUGGCAGCGAACGAGGAAAAGAACUAACCGCCAUAAUGGAAAAGGGCGAACUCGUACCUAUGGAAAUAGUUUUGGAUUUGAUCAAAUCGGCCAUAAUAAACGCCUUACCAACUUCCAAAGGAUAUUUAAUCGACGGUUAUCCGAGAGAAAAGGAGCAAGGUAUAAUGUUUGAAGACAACAUAGCUCCGGUAAACGUAAUCAUAUUCUUCGAAGCAUCGGAAGAUACUUUAGUUAAAAGGUUAUUGGGGAGAGCGGAAACAUCAGGAAGAGUGGAUGAUAAUAUAGAUACAAUUAAGAAGAGAUUGAACACUUUUAACACUUACACCAAUGCCAUCUUGGAUCAUUACAGCCUCAAGUUAGUGAGGAUCAAUGCCGAGAGAUCAACCGAUGAAAUUUUUCAAGACGUAACGAAGUACCUGGAUCCUUUAGUGGCUUAAUUUUCCAUAAAAAAAAAUAAUUAAUACCAACGUCAACUGUUUUUGAUUUUAAAGCAAUUUAUUUAUUUAUCGCAAAAUAUAUAUUAAUUGUUAGACGUUUGUUAUUUUACUCAUAUUCAUAUAUCAUACAAGAUAUUUUGAAAAGUAAACAUAACCUAUAAAUCUUGAAGUUGAUAACAUCAUAGUCAUUCUUAAUAAAAUAAAAUACUAAUAUACAGUGCGUAACAUCAAAUGGAAUGAAUUCAGUAGCUGUUUUCACGCCUACAAGUGAAAGUAACAACCCUUAAAUAAUCAAAUUGGAAGUAAGGGGUUGUGAUAUCUCAUUCUAAAAGUUAUUUUCAUCUCAAAAUUACUAUUGUUUGUAUUUUUUCGGCAUUUUAACGUUAGUCAAGACCUUCGGGCUAUUUGCGUCUAUUAAAACAUUCAACUUAACGCCCACAAGCUCUGCGAACCCCAUAACUCCCGUUCCACUAAGAUAAAAAGACCGCGGGCAUUAUAGAAGAAAUUUAUAUCGGAAACGCACUUCUUGUAUCCUGUAAGCGUACAAAAUGGCUACUGGGUAUAAACGUGAAGUGUAAAAUACGUUAUUCGCUAAGAUUGAGGUUAAGUCAUUAUGGAAGUUUAUGAAUUUACAGUUGCGUUUUUAACAUAACUAACUACAACGUUAGUUUCGGGAACGUGAAAAGUAACUUUUCUGGUUGCUAUCGUUGAAUUGCCGAUACGUUUUGAUUAAAUUCUACUUCAACUCGCUAUUAUUUGAUGGAUAAAAGGGCGCAACACGUUAUAUCUUCUAUAACGACCUCGGGCUUUGAGUGAAACGAUUUAGUGUGUUAUAAUUGUUGUUAAGAGGAUCGUACUCAUAGUGAUGUAUUUGUUGUGGUAAAAAAUGGAUGAGGCUACAUAAGGAAAGAAUGUAAAUAUACGUAUAAAUUUUACAGAAUAUUAUAUUUAUUUUUUCGUAUAAUAAAAAUUAAAAAAAAAU